AUGAUGCGGCACAUUAUGAAUGGGAUUGAGGCCAAGCUGGACGCACCUAUGCCCGAAAUCCGUGACAAGAAACACGCUAUUGAGCUUUACAACAUUGGAUACGGUACACUGCGGUUAAAACCAAGCAAACGUAAGCGAAGUGCUGAACAGCUUAAGCUUACAACUGUUUUGAGACUCAUCCGACAAGCCGAUCAGGAGCGAAACGAAGAAGACACUCAGCCGCCCAAGCGUCAGAGACACACAAGCCAGUCCGGUUGUCCGAGAUUGGCAAGCAGGUAG